UCACCUGCAUGACAGUGACAGUGUGACACGAAUGGUUUGAACUUUGAAAAGAAAUAUAUUUAGCUCAGCAAGAAUUACCAAACCGGUAUUCAAAAAUGAAAGCGAUUGGCUAUCGGACUAUUAAAUGGCUUGGCUUAUUUUGUGGUACUGCAGCUGCUGCUGGUGUUGCAACCGGAGUCGUAUUGGGAGCAGACGACUUUUCUAGCAUUCCAGUCGGUGUUUUACGUUUUGGAAGAGCAGCUUGCUAUGUUGGACUGAUUGCUGUUGACUAUCAGAAGUCAUUACAUUCGGGAAACGUGGACAAGGAUUCUGCUAAUUAUUUGCAACUUAAAAGUGAGGUACAUCAGCGAUCUGCAGAGAAAUUGCUGAAGCUUUGCUGCAUAAAUGGUGGAACAUUUGUGAAGAUAGGUCAGCACCUUGGCUCCUUGGAGUACCUGUUGCCUCCAGAAUAUGUCAAGACACUCCAGGUGCUGCACAGCAAAGCUCCAAAGUCCGAUAUAGAAAGUGUCAAGAGCGUCCUCAGACAAGAGCUACAUGCCGACCCAGAUGAGCUGUUCACUUCGUUCUCGGCCGAGCCUGUGGGGGCGGCAUCUUUGGCUCAGGUUCACGUGGCAACCACGCAAGACGGACGCAAAGUGGCAGUCAAAGUUCAGCACAGAACUGUCAAAGAACACGCUGCUAUUGACAUGAAGGGCAUGGAAUUUUUAGUGUCAGCUGUGAGCUACUUUUUCCCGGACUUCAACUUCGAUUGGCUGGUGGAAGAAACCAAAAUCAACUUGCCUCUCGAGUUAGACUUUGAACAUGAAGGGAGAAAUGCUGAACAAGUGGCUGAAAUGUUCAAGCAGUUCCCUUGGCUCAAGGUUCCCUCCAUAGACUGGACAUUGAGCACAAAGCGCGUGCUUACAAUGGAGUAUUGUGAGGGCGGUCAGGUCAACGACCCUGUCUAUAUGAAGGCACACAAUCUUGCCCCAGAGCAGGUAGCAGAGCGGCUUGGUCUGCUGUACAGCGAGAUGAUCUUCUGCCGAGGUUAUGUGCACAGCGACCCCCACCCUGGCAACGUGCUGGUCAACAGGCGUCCUCGAGGAGAUGCUCAAAUUAUUCUUUUGGAUCAUGGCCUCUACGCUCGCGUGAGCGACAACAUCAGAGAGAGCUACAGCAAGUUCUGGCUAGCCAUCCUGGGGCAGGACGUGGAUGGCAUAGCGAAGUACGGACGCGAGUUGGGCGUCGGUGAUCUGGCCGGGCUCUUCGCCUGCAUGGUUACCGCCCGCAGCUGGGAUAGCAUCACUAGGGGCAUUGAUAAACAUUCUAUCAAUGAUGCUGAGCGCAACGAGGUAAGCAAUUACGCCACGAAGCUCCUGCCUGAGAUCAUUGCAACUCUCGGCCGUGUCAACCGUCAGAUGUUGCUGCUGCUCAAAACUAACGACCUGCUCAGAGGCAUCGAAUAUUCUCUCAAUAUUCAACACAGCCGCAAGUCUUUCCUUACAAUGUCGCGGUGUUGCGUGAGGGCCGUGUACGACCGGCAAAUGUUGCUGUGUUCUUCAUCUUUUUGUCGGCUCCUCACAUCCGUGAACCUAAGAGCAGCGCUGCUACGUAUAGACGUCUACACCUCUUAUAUCAGCUGCAUGACGAACAUACACAAAUUAUUCGCCUGGAGCCGACAAUCGACUGUUGCUGAGGCUUUCCGUUGGGUCAGUGAAGUGCCGGGCUUGCGUCUGCCUUUUGCUGCUUCCACUUGGCUUUUUUGUCAAGCAUGGCUUUGUGUUGGUGUUCUCAAAAAUGCUUUUGUAACUGUGGUCUUUUUUGGACGGCAGAGACCGAAUUAUUUGCACACAUCUUUUGAUGAAAAUGGCCGCGUAGUAUUUAAGGAGUCACGCACUUUGAAAGAUGGUCAUGCGUAGUUUUAUUGCUGCAUGUAGUUCUCAUACAUUCUGUCUUGAGUGUCUACUAAACAAAAUAUUUUCCUUAUUCACUUCGCGAUUUUGAUUUGCGUAGAACUCUAAUAUGAACAGGCUGUUAACGGCAUUAACUUGAUGCUAUCACAUUUCAUUAUCACACUUCAUUAUCUAUUCACAUGAUUCCAAAAAAAUCGUCAUUUUUUACAACUGACAUUUCCCUCGUGCACUAAGUAUCCUGACCAAGCCUGCUGCGUGAUGUUAUUUUGUCACAUUGUUUGCAUUUUUUAUGGAUUUAUUUGUAGUAAUAUCCUAGCCUACUUAGAAAACAUUCAUAAAUAAGUAACAGAUAACACUGAAGCUUCUCUUCCAACUCAAUUAUCGUUGAAAUAUUUGUUUCCCCAGUAAAAGCCUUACUAGUAGCGUUUGCAAAAUACGAGGCAUGUUUUUCGAGUGAGUGCCGUUGUAAAUUACGUCACCGCAGCACUGCGGAUGCUGUUACUUAUAUUACUUGUUUUUUUAUGUCAAAACGGUAAUUUAAAAAUGCGCUUUGUAUUAACCAACCGAAGAGCAAUAGGUACCAAAAUUAACUCAUGAAAAAUAGGAGUAUGAUUUUUGCUUCAUUUAUAGCCAGAGCAGACCUGGGAUAUUUAGUAAUUUUUGU